AUGAGGGGAGUGAUGAGAUUUGGGAAGAAGGGGAAGCUCAGCCUUCGAUUUAUUGGACUAGUCAAGAUCACCCAGAGAGCGGGAAGAUUGGCAUACCAAAUUGCCUUAUCCCUAGACUUGGUUGGUACACAUGACGUUUUUCACAUCUCAAUGCUGAGGAAGUAUAUCGCUAACCCUGACCUGGUGGUGGAGUAUGAAUCGUUAGGGAUCCAAGAGGGAUUAACCUAUGUCAAGGAGCCAGUAAAAAUCGUGGAUAGAAAGGAGCAAGUGUUACAUACCAAGACGAUACCUAUCGUGAAGGUGUUAUGGUGUAACCAUGGUGUCGAGGAAGCAUCAUGGGAGGUAGAGCAUGACAUACAAAGCUGCUAUCCGCAUUUGUUUGAGUGA